ACAAAAUUGCAGUCUACUUAGUGUAAUUACACCAUAUAUUUCUUUUUGUUGGACGUAUUGACAGAAAAUCCACCACUUUUUGUUUUCAUUUUGUAUUUAGUUGACAUGGCUAGUUAUUUGACGCUUGUGGGUGACUGUGCUGUUGGCAUCGUCGAAAAUGCGCGAUGUUGUACACAGAAGCAACGAGCAUAGUUCAAGUCCCAAGAUAUUGGACAGCAGUUCUCCUUCGACUGUUCACACUGAGCGGGGUGAACAAAUUCGUUUAAAAUGUUUAUACCAUGCCGACACGAAUGUAAAGAUUAACUGGAUGAAAAAUGGAUUGGAAGUUCAUCACAAUUGUGAUACUUGCAUCUUUAAAGUGGAGACGUUACAUGAGAGUAACGUCAGUUUCUUGCAAUUUAGACCUUACGUUAAGGAUGACUUUGGAGUCUAUGAAUGCCGCGUCCGAAACACUUAUGGAACAGCUAAAUAUAAAAUAUCUGUAAAACGAAUCGAUUUAUCGUUCGUGGCAGUCUUUGUCUUGAUUCAAGGGAUUUUAGUGAUGUUGUUGUUAAUCGAUCAGAUCGUGGAAUUUUAUACCCACCGAAGUGUAAACGGAGCUUUAAGAAAAUAUUUCCAUGAGCGUUUUGACAGUUUCAAGAAAGAAUAUAGCAGAAUUAUGAAGGAAGUGGAAGACAGUAAGAGACGAACUAAAGACCUCUUCCUACUCAACCUACAGAGAGUAACAUGA